CAGAGCUCAAAGGCGCAGGGUUUCUCUCAAACCUCAUUUUCCUCCGUCUCUUAGCCUCGCAACGAAGAUCUUUCUCCAGGGCUUGUUCUUGAUCAGUUGGUACGAGACUAGUGUUAUUGUCUGCUUAACUAUUGAAAGGAAGAAGCUUUAGUUGUUCAGUGAGUGAUGAUGGAGAAGAUGGAGAGCGUGAGUGAUAUAGUGAGAGACAAGAAGCUUAAUAGACAGGACAGGAUUGAACUAGGACGACUCUUCCAAGGUUCUGUUAGCUCACAGGACUGGGAGCUUUCAGAGAGGAUGAUUCAUUUAGCUGAUCUGCAGACUCUGAAUGAUCUGCUGUGUAUUAGCUUAGAUUCCAUUUGGUUCUUGACCACAGAGGGAGAGUUACAGGGGAUCACGGGGUUGAUUGGGAAGAUCAUAAGUCAUGGUGCUUGUGACUAUACCAGAGCUACUCUCAGGACUUCUUUUCUCGCUUCGUGCGUCUCUUCUUGUCACAGUCUUACUGAUACUGUUACUGUAAUGGCUCAAAGGUUGCACGAGCGUCUCCAAGAGUGUGACGGUGAUAAAGUCUUAAAAGCAGAAGCAGGUGACAAAGUUCAAAAGUUUACUGAAUGGGCCUUCAAGUGCAUUGGUUUCCACUCUCAUAGCGCUAGAGAUAAAGCUAACCAAGAAUCUGCUGCUGCUGCUGAGAUCCAACUCCAGCUCUCUGCUUUCAAGACGUUCUUGGAUCUUGCAGGAAACAAUCUAUCAGGAAAAGACUUCACAGAAGCCUUUGACGCAGCUUGCUUCCCUCUCACACUCUUCUCCACCUCGUUUAGCCCCGGAUGGGCUUCUGGAAUCUCAGCUAGUGUAGUUCAUGGCUUGCUCGGUAUGCUGGUGGAAGGAGGCGCGGAUAACGUGAACCAAUGCUUUCUUGAAGCUUCUCGUUUUGGAAGCACGGAGCUUGUGAGAAUCUUGUUGCAGAUUGCUCAGAGGAAUAGCUUAGAUGUGGAUGUAGACUUAGCACUAGGUUUCGCCUCUCAUUACAAUAAAAUCGAAACGAUGGACUGCCUUGUGGAAGAAGGCAACGCCGUUGCUUUCUUGAGUCCUUUGAUGAGAGCAGCUGAGAGAGGCUGUGUGCAAGUUGUGGAAUGGUUUGUGAAAAGAGGCUGCCGGGAAAUGGAGCUUUGCUUGGCUCUCACGGCAGCGACUUCGAGCAGCCGGGUGGAGAUCGCUGCUUAUCUCCUCCCUCAUGUGCCGAGACCCGUCCUCGCUGCUCUCAACGCAGAGAUCCUCAAAGCAGCUGGAGAAAGAAGUGGUGGUUCGUUUAAAGGAGUUGAGUUUCUCCUCAAAUCAGAUUUUCUUGAGGAUCCAGUGGCAACUUAUUCAGCUGCAGACACCGUUGCAAAGUCAGAAGACGAGUCUGUUCCUUUAGAAUUGAGAUCGUUUCUCCAAGAGCAUUGGUCAGAGGCUGCAUUCAAGCAAGGAGUGAAGGAAAGCAGAGAUAACUUCAUGAACUUCAUGAGGGUUUUGAAGAUUGGGGAGUCUGCUAUAUGUUUAAAGGAUCUCCCAGCUCCUUUGAGGGUUGCUAUUGCUUACAUGCCGCUGUACAGAGGGUGUGUGAAGGCAGGUGGGAGGUUGCUUUCGCAGAAGCUGAGAGGACAGCUCGUGGAAGCAGUGAAGCAGCUUCAAGGGUUUGAUGUGGACACAGAAGAAGUAUACAAAGGCCAUCAUCAGCUCAUGGCAGUGUUGGAGCAUCACCUUCCUAUUUUUUUGGUCAAAGGUUCUUCACACUGAGCAACAAUGGGAUCCAGCAUCCUAGUUAUUGGGGUUAAAUUUAACCUUAGGAUAGUUGAAAAAGAAUAAGAUCUAAUCACUACAAUUUUGGAUCCGGAUUCAGGUCUAUGAGAAUGUCUCUUUCUCAAUCUCCUAAGUCCUAACCCAUGGGAGAUGAUAACUUUAUAUUAAAAUUUCAACUACAAGAUAUAGUCUUACUUCUGUCUCUGACUUUAGUUGCACAUUUAUCUAGAACCCAAUAGCCAAACCAAAAUUGUUGAAACAGAGUCAAAUU